AUGGCCAAAAAGCUAUCUCCCAAUAUCAAAAUCCUCGACAGCGCAGGCAAAGAUUACCUUCCCUCCCUCUCAACAAUCCAUUCUCGCGCCUUUCAUCCAAUCCAUCCUUACCACAAGCGCAUCUGUCCCGAUACUCCUCUGGUCCGCGCCUGGUGGUCUACCAUCUUCAACGACUACAUCGAAAGCGAGUAUAGCUACGUCUUGACUGCUGUGGAUACGACAAAAUCCGACUUCGUGGCUGGAGUACUACUUCUGGCUUAUUGUGAUUUCGAUGCCAAGACUAGUAAUGUUUUCAUGAAGGCUGGGAUGACGGACGAUCAUGAUCGAGCUGCUUUCGCGGCGAUGACGGGUGGUCAUGCUCAUGAGAGGUUGAUGAAGGGCAACUCGCAUCUCGUCAUCGAGCUGUUUGGCGUGGAUCAUGAUUAUGCGGGUCAGGGAGUGGGACAGGCUCUGUUGGGGAGGGCUUGCGAGUUGGCUGCGGGUGGUGGGUAUGAUUGUUUUGUGCAGGCCAAUGCGAAGGCGGCUAAGUUCUACGAGAAGCAGGGGUUUGAGGUCAGGGAAAGCAGCGUGAUGCCGGGAGAGGAGAUGUAUGUCGAAUGUCAGAUGGUCAGGCAGGCGCCGGCGAAUCUUCACAAAGAAUAA